CUAUUUCUCUGCCAGUCAAGUAUUUUUCCACACACAAACACAGCGCAAAAGCAUUUUUCGGUUUUCGCAGAAUAACGGAGGAGGAGAAAAAAGGAAGAAGAAAAUUUACGGAAGAGAGGUUGUUGCAUCUGAUAAAUUUGCUGAAUCGAGCUUUGCGAGAAAAUGGAGGUUUGGUUCUCCACGGUGAAGCUUUGAAGGGUAUCGUAUGAAUGGAAAGUAAAACUUUGUGCUGAGUAAGGACUCAGAAGCUUUGAGGGUUCUUUGAUGCAGGAACAGGUUGUCGUUCCAUUUCAUUAAAUUUGCUUUGAAAUUUUAGUUUUUGGGCUUUUGGUUUCUGUCUGGGGGCUGGAGUUUGGAGGUAUGAAUUUUUUAAACUUCUAUGUUAACUUUCUUCCAAAGGACAUUUAUGUUUGUAUAGUCAAUUCAGGAUUUUAUUUUAUAUAUUCUGUUAGCAGCUGCUGAUACUACUGUUUGUGAUAUGUGUGAUGUGUUUAUACGUGUAUUAUUUUGUUUGAGCCUCUCUUGGGUGGAGUACCCCCAGGUAUAGGGUAUUCUGUCCUUCAGAAUUGUGAUGUUUGAUAAAGUUUUGACUUGACUGAUAACUAUAGUUAAUGUUUGCAGAAGUUGAUAGUUGAAGUGCUUAGGAUGUGGAGAAUCCAUGGGUGAAUUGAUGAGGGUAUUGCAUUUGUGUAAUCCUGUUAAUUCUUCACCCAUGUUUUUUGAGUGUGGUUGAUAUAGGGUGGUCCAAUGAGCAAUAAUGUUGGGAAAAGAGGUCUGGCAGAACAAAAUCAUAAGUUUUUUGACAAUAAGAGGCUCAAUAAUGGAGUAGUUAAUGGAGAGCUGGGUUCUGGGUCAUCAAAUGAUGAUAACACAAGAUUUAACAGACAAACCAGGGAUGGAAACAAUGGGUUGCGGGGACAAAUUCAAGUCCAUGACAGCAUGCAGAUUUCGCAACAACCACCUCAAGGACCAGUUAUAUGCUGGGAGAGAUUUCUCCCUAUAAGAUCCAUAAAAGUUCUGCUGGUGGAAGAUGAUGAUUCAACACGCCAUGUUGUCCGAGCUCUUUUACGAAAUUGUAGUUAUGAAGUCACUGCUGUUUCCAAUGGUCUUCAAGCAUGGAAAAUCCUAGAAGAUCCAGGAAAUCACAUUGAUCUUGUCCUUACAGAGGUAGCUAUACCGAUUUUAUCUGGAAUAGGUCUUUUGUGCAAGAUCAUGAACCACAAAACACUGAAAAAUAUUCCUGUGAUUAUGAUGUCAUCUCAAGAUUCUAUGGGCAUAGCGUUUAAGUGUUUGUCAAAAGGUGCAGUUGACUUUUUAGUGAAACCUAUUCGGAGGAAUGAACUUAGAAACCUCUGGCAGCACGUUUGGAGAAGAUGCCACAGUUCUAGUGGUAGUGGGAGCGAAAGUGGGACACAUAACAGAAAAUCUGCCAAGACAAGAAGUAACGAUGCCUCAGAAAAUAAUACUGACAGCAGUGAUGAGAAUGAUUGUGGAAGUAGAGGCUUGACUGUUCGAGAUGGAAGUGACAAUGGAAGUGGCACUCAGAGUUCAUGGACUAAGUGUCUAGUUCAAGUUGGCAGUUCUUAUCCAGUUUCACCUCAUAAACAAUUGGUUGAUGCCCCUGAUAGCAUGUGUGCCGAAGUGAUGCAUACAAAGCCUGAAAAAGCUAGUAGUAGGUGGAUGCAUGCAACAGAAAAAGAGUGCCAUGAACUGGUUGACCAUUUUGAUAAUGUUGCAAUGGGUAAAGAUUUAGCUAUGGGAAUAACUUUGAAUGUGCAACUAGAGCAUGCACCCAAGGAGUUGUCUAGCAAUCCUUCGGGUAAAGGGAUAGAUAUUAUGUCUGAUGUAGAUGGUAAGCAACUCAACAAGGGACAUAUUAAUGUCUGUGAAAAAGGACAACUGGAUUUCAACAGCGAUAAAAACAGGCCUCGGGAAAAUCAGGCUAUGAAUGUUGUUGAUGUUACUGAUAGCAGCAGUCCACAGGCUGAAAGCAGAGACUUGAAUACUCCAAAUGGAUUUUCUGGUUUCUCACAAACUAAAGCAAGUUGUUCCUUUAAACAGCAUCCUUCCCUUGAACUGACUUUGAAAAGACUUGGAGAAGCAAGAGAUGCUAAAAUUGUCACAAGUGAUGAAUGCAAUAUUUUGAGACAUUCAGAUCUGUCGGCAUUCUCAAAAUAUAAUACUGCUUCUUCUGCUAACCAGGCUCAAACUGGAAAUGUUGGAAGCUGUUCACCACUUGACAAUAGCUUAGCUGCACCAAAUGCAGAGACAUUACACAACUUCCCAUCUCAUUCAAACAGCACUCCUCCAAAUCAGCAGUCUAAUGGGAGCAACAACACCAAUGACAUGGCCUCCACUAAUGCAUGUCUUGGGACCAAACCUGAAACUUUGGACAAAAAGCCAGAAUCUGCAAGAGGGAUUGGCUCUUUUAAUUCUUCCGCAUUGCAAACUGUGCAGCACAAUAGUAUCACUUCAUCUCAAAAGAAAAUUUCUGCCCAAGGAGAAUAUGCAGAAAUUGUUAAAGGACAAGUGGAAUGCUCUGAACAAGGAUUACAACUCCAGCAAAAUCACUAUCAAAUUCAUCAUUACAAUCACAUCGCUCACAAAGCUGCUCUAGAUCUCCGGUCAGGUCACGAUGAUCCCUCGAUGAAAGGCUCCUCCAAGGCUGCCCAGCAAUGUGUAUCAUCAAAUGUCUUUGGUGGGCCAGCAGAAAGUAAUGCUGCAAAUUUCGGCAUAGAUGGAAAUGCUGCUGAGAGUGAUCAUGGGAGCAAUGGACAGGAUGCAUGCAGUAACACCUUGACAGUUAGAACUAUGAAUGUGGAAAACGGUAAUGUAGCAAGUGGGAGCAAUGGAGGAGGUUGCAAUGAUAGGAAAAACAUUGGGAAUGGUGCAGAUGAAGAAAGAAUGGCAUUGAGAGAGGCUGCCUUGACAAAAUUUCGUCAGAAGAGAAAAGAAAGAUGCUUUGAGAAGAAGGUUCGAUACCACAGCCGGAAAAAGCUAGCCGAACAGCGGCCACGAAUCCGUGGACAAUUUGUUCGACGGAUAGCGUCUGACCCCAAAGAAGAAAAAGAUAUACAAAGCCACAACAUGGAUUCAAGCGAUGCUCUCCAAUGACAACAGCUGAGCCCGCAAGAUGCUUCUUAUUAAAACUAGCCACUUACACGCUCAACUCCAAAGAUUUUUGAAGGUUUGUGCUAGAAAAAUCUGUGAGUAGGUCUACCUUUGUUGUGUGAGAGACACCGUUAUUAAUUUGAGACCUGAAGACAUUGCUCUAUAUUUUAUUUACUAUGUCUGUGAAACUUGUAAAAACUCCAAUGGACCCAUGGAAGUGGUUGCCUUUGGACAGGUUAACCUCUGAUGAAAUAAAUUUUAUCAUGUUAGCGUGCA